AUGAGUUCUACUAUCCGGCGCGUAACUCCGUCGCCCGACUCCCUCUCCGAGGCCCUCUCCCAAGGCUACGCCACGCAUUCGACGCCCUGCCACCACACACGCACGCAGUCCCUAAACCAUCGCCGACUUCGAAGUGUAGAAGACGGAACGCUGGUGUCAGGUAUACAACAAGCCGAGCAUGACGACGACGCCCAAGGCCACGUGUCCCGCACGCGCUCCGUGAAUUCACCUAGUGACCAUCGUCCAAGUCCAAAUCGCAGCCGACGCAUAACACCCUCGCGCAUCCCCGUCCCAGCACCUGGACGCAGCAAAGCCGUGGGCCACCUCAAGCGUAGAAAGGCCGGCCGGUUUUCACCCCCCAAGCUGGGCGCUCCGCGCCAGCACCGCACGCUGCUGUCUUCCAGCCUCGCGACUCCAGGCGCGCAGGUCGUCGCAGCGGCAAGCGAGAGCCACGCUGCGUGCGCACGUCUCGCGAUGCCAGCAGCUCCCACGCGGGUGCAACCUCCAGUGCCAGGACCGGUGCCAGGACCAGAGGAUGAGAGAGCGCGGCUGCGCGAGUUCACGCUCUUUCCGACCGAGGACCCGUUUGCGCCGCAUGUCCAGAGCCAGAGCCAGGCUCACUCGCCCGUCUCGCAGCACGCAGCGGCUAUCGCUCUCGAUCCCACGAGACCCGCUCCCCGGCGCGAGAACGACUACUUCACGCACGGAAGGACGUACUACGAGCACGAGCCCGACUCAAUAUCACCCCUUCCGACCACUCCGCCCCAGCCACUGUGGAAGAAGCAACCCCAGUGUGUCGGCCCGGACGUGCCAUCCCCUUCGCGCCCGCUCACGGCGGCAACGUCGCCGCAGAAACCGCAGCUGCCGCGGCAUGGCUCGGCGCGCAGCGUGGCGAGCACGUUCUCGACGCCGGGGCGGGACGAGAUGGAGAGAAAGAGGGGAAUUGCGGAUGAGGGGCCGUUCAAGGGUGCGAUGGGGGUGCAGGAGCUGGCGGAGCGGAGGAGGAUGGUGAGUGAGGGGAAGAGGGCUGAGGAGAAUUCCCAGAAGGGGAAUGAAAGGGGAAAGGGGGGAAUGUGCAGGUGUGUCGUCAUGUGAUGACGAGGAUGGAGGGAUCUGGGAUAGGGUUGAAGUGCGAUUGAGUACGUCGGAUCUGCAGUUGCGGCAUAGCGAUUGGAGUUUGGGAUUUGAGGCCAGGGCCGGCCAACAAGUUUGGCUGGGUUCACAGCAUAGCAUGGACGCUGGAGGAAACGUGAAGGUCGAAGACUAGAAGGUUCAAGAAAUUCUUGUUAGCAUUUGUGUUGAGU